AUGAUGACUAGAGUCGUUACUCUUCUAGCCCUUCUUCCACUCAUAUCUCUUGAUCUUCUUCCGCUGCGCUGCUGUGCUGGUGCAGCAUCGGUAGCACACACGCUGCGCGCCGGGUCAUCCCUGUCGGUGGAAGACCACGGGCUGCCCUUCCUGGUCUCACCGGACGCCACCUUCUCCUGCGGCUUCCUCCCGGCCGGCGACAACGCCUUCUACUUCUCCGUCUGGUUCACCGCGGCCAAGAACCGGACCGCCGUCUGGACGGCCAACCCUGGCGCCCCCGUGAACGGCCGGAUUUCCCGUAUAUCCUUCGGCGCCGAGGGCAAGCUGGCCCUCGUCGACGCAGACGGGACGAGCGUGUGGGAUAGCAAGACCGGCGGCAACAAGCAGCUCACCAUCUCCCUCCUCGACACCGGCAAUCUCCUCGUCGCCGACCCGUCCACCGGCCGCGCCCCCGUGUGGCAGAGCUUCGACUGGCCGACGGACACCCUGCUCCCGUCGCAGACGCUGUCCAAGAACAAGAAGCUAGUCGCCGGCUACUACGCCCUCUACUACGACAGCGACAACGUGCUGCGGCUCUUCUACGACGGCCCGGAGAUCACCAGCACCUACUGGCCGGACCGGGACAUAGGCGUGUUCGGGAGCGGGCGGACCAACUACAACACCUCACGCAUCGGCGUCCUCGACGACACCGGCGUGUUCCUCUCCAGCGACAAACUGCGAGUCGAGGCCUCCGACCUGGGCGCCGCCGGCGUCAAGAGACGGCUAACCAUCGAGCAGGACGGGAACGUGAGGAUGUACAGCCUGGACGCGGCCGGAGGAUGGACGGUCACGUGGGCUGCGAUGAAGCAGCCGUGCUCCGUCCACGGGCUGUGCGGCAAGAACGGCGUCUGCGAGUACCAGCCGUCCCUCCGAUGCUCGUGCGCACCGGGGCACGAGAUGGUGGACCGCCACGACUGGAGAAAGGGAUGCCAACCGAUGUUCAGCACCGCCACCAACUGCAGCGCGUCGGAACAGCAGCGAUUCGCGUUCGUCGAGGUGGCGUCCACUGAGUUCUACGGCUACGACCUCGGAUACAACAGCUCCGUCACGUUGGAAGACUGCAAGAGCAUCUGCUUGAGCAUGUGCUCCUGCGUCGCCUUCUCCUACAAGAUGAAUGGCCUGGGCCAGUGCUUACCGAAAGGGGUCCUGUUCAACGGUUACACGUCCCCCACGUCCCCAGAAAGCAUAUAUCUCAAGGUGCCUGGCGAGCUCAACGCCUCGGCGCCGCCGCCGCCGCCCGAGGGCCUCGUCUGCAAUCAUAAUGGUUCUGCCGGUGGCGCCACCAUCGUCCCGCCACCGCAAUACUGGUCCUACUUUUUCGCUAUCGCCGCCGUGCUGGGAUUUCUUGAGCUCCUCUUCAUCGCCACGGCGUGGUGGUUCCUGUCAAGGCAGAACAGCGCCAUACCAAGCUCAAUGGAGGCAGGCUAUAGGCUGGGCAUGGGGACCCAUUUCAAGAGGUUCACGUAUCGGGAGCUCAAAAAUGCCACUGGGAACUUCAACGAGGAGCUCGGCCAUGGCGGCUCCGGCGUCGUGUACCGUGGGGUGCUUGACAAGACCACCGUGGUGGCGGUGAAGAAGCUGACAAACGUGGUGCAGGCCGACGAGGAGUUCUGGGCAGAGAUGGCGGUGUUCGGUAGGAUCAACCACAUCAACCUGGUGAGGAUCUGGGGCUUCUGCUUGGAGGGCAAGCACAGGCUGAUGGUGUACGAGUAUGUGGAGAAUGAGUCACUGGACAGACACCUGUUCGGUCAGGACGACAUCGACAAGGCGCUGGCGUGGAGCGAGAGGUUCAAGAUCGCGCUUGGCGCGGCCAGGGGCCUAGCCUACCUCCACCACGAGUGCCUUGAGUGGGUCAUCCACUGCGACGUCAAGCCGGAGAACAUUCUGCUCACGCGGGACCUCGACCCAAAGAUCUCUGACUUCGGGCUGGCCAAGUUGUCCGGGAGGAACGACGUCAGCAAUGGUGUGCAGCUCUCCCACAUGAGGGGGACGGCAGGGUACAUGGCACCUGAGUGGGCGCUACGCCUGCCGGUCGACGCCAAAGUUGAUGUGUACAGCUACGGCAUCGUGCUCUUGGAAAUGGUGAUCGGCAGCAGGAUUUCUGACCAGACGACCGCGGACGGUGGAGAACGGCUGGAGAUGCGUCAGAUCACGCAGGCGCUGAAGCAGGUGGUGGCGAGUGGAUCUAUAGUGUCGCUGGUGGAUAGAAGGCUGAAUGGGCAGUUCAACCCUCGACAGGCCAUGGAAAUGGUGAAGAUCUCCUUAUCGUGCAUGGAGGAGAGGACCAACAGACCGACCAUGAAUGACAUAUGCAAAGCUCUUACAGCGUGCGAUUAUGAGGACGAGCACCCUGCCUACUUGGCAUGA